AUGAUCACCACCAAUGACCUUAUUGAUAUCUGGUGCCGACUUAUAAAACUGGACACUCUUCCGCAGGACAAACCCUCAGGUUCGCUGGAAUCGGUGCUACGAUAUCGUCUACAGAUAUGGCGCGCUGUCGAGGAUCUCUUCACCUCACUAAUAUUAGAUUCGAGCCACGAGGAUGUCUCAAACGAGAGCAUACUCGAAGGCGAUAAUGUUGUAGCUACUGGACAUGCAGGUGGCAAAAGCGACGAUCCUAUUGGGGCCGUUAAUCCCUCGAAAAAUCGUUUAGAGCAAGAAACUUUAUCAAAAGGAGCUGAUUCAGUAGGUUGUGUGCUUGGAUAA